CCGGCGCCGCGCCGCCUCCCUCCCUCCCCUAUGGAAGAGAUGGAAGAGGAGCUAAAAUGCCCGGUGUGCGGCUCCUUUUACCGGGAGCCCAUCAUCCUGCCCUGCUCGCACAACCUGUGCCAGGCGUGCGCCCGCAACAUCCUGGUGCAGACACCGGAGUCGGAGUCUCCGCAGAGCCGCCGCGCCUCGGGCUCGGCCGUCUCCGACUACGACUACCUGGACCUGGAUAAGAUGAGCCUGUACAGCGAGGCGGACAGCGGCUACGGUUCCUACGGCGGUUUCGCCAGCGCUCCCACCACCCCUUGCCAGAAGUCUCCCAACGGCGUCCGCGUCUUCCCGCCGGCCGCCCCGCCGCCUCCCGCCGCCCUGGCGCCGCCGCCGCCGCCGCCGCGCAACGCCUGCCUCACCUGCCCGCAGUGCCACCGCAGCCUGGUGCUGGACGAGCGCGGGUUGCGGGGCUUCCCCCGCAAUCGCCUGCUGGAGGGCGUCAUCGACCGCUACCAGCAAGGCAGGGCGGCGGCUCUGCGCUGCCAGCUCUGCGAGAAGGCGCCCAAGGAGGCGGCCGUCAUGUGCGAGCAGUGCGACGUCUUCUACUGCGAUCCCUGCCGCCUGCGGUGCCACCCCCCGCGGGGGCCGCUGGCCAAGCACCGCCUGGUCCCGCCGGCCCAAGGUCGCGUCAGUCGCCGCCUCAGUCCCCGCAAGAUCUCCACCUGCACCGACCAUGAGCUGGAGAACCACAGCAUGUAUUGCGUGCAGUGCAAGAGCCCUGUCUGCUACCAGUGCCUGGAGGAGGGCAAGCACUCCAGCCACGAGGUCAAGGCCCUGGGCGCUAUGUGGAAGCUCCACAAG